UGUUUGUCGUGGUUGGUUCCGUUGAAGCUUUUUAAAAUUUCAUUACAAUCUGGGAUAGUUCAGUUCAAUCAGUAGUUGCCAAGAAUCAAUAAACAAAGUGGGAAUGUUAAAAUUAAUGAGCCCCAAAUCAAUCACUGCACUCUCCACCAUCAAAAUGCACUUACCCUUACAAAGCAAACCAGCUAAAAACAGAGGAAGAAGAGGGUGGUUGUUUUUUGUUUUGUGAGAGAGAGAGAGAGAGAGAGAGAGAGAGAGAUGGGGAUGAUGAUGAUGAUGAUGAUGAUGAAAUCAGAGACGUUGACUCUGAUACUGGUGAAUCUGGCUGGGAUCAUGGAGAGAGCCGACGAGUCUCUGCUUCCUGGAGUCUACAAGGAGGUCGGCGCGGCUCUCCACACCGAUCCAACUGGGCUCGGCUCACUCACUCUCUUCAGAUCCGUAGUGCAGUCAUUUUGCUACCCACUCGCGGCUUGCCUCGCUGUGCGUCACAACCGUGCCCAUGUCAUCUCCCUCGGCGCCUUCCUCUGGGCCGCCGCCACUUUCCUCGUCGCCAUCUCCUCCACCUACUUUGAGGUGGCAGUGUCAAGAGGUUUGAGUGGAAUAGGACUUGCCAUAGUCACACCAGCCAUUCAGUCCCUAGUUGCAGACUCAACUGAUGAAGCCAACCGUGGUAUGGCUUUUGGAUGGCUACAAUUAACAGGCAAUGUUGGCUCAAUCGUUGGUGGGCUUUGUUCAGUGUUGUUAGCAUCAACAUCAUUCAUGGGUAUCCCUGGUUGGAGAAUGUCCUUCCAUCUGGUUGCGCUAAUUAGUGUUAUUAUUGGUAUUUUGGUCCACUUAUUUGCCAAUGAUCCUCGCUUUUCAGAUAGUCAUGGUAAAACUAACGACCAAAUUCCACAUAAACCCUUAUGGUCAGAAAUGAAGGACCUGGUUAAAGAAGUGAGGUUGGUAAUGAAACUUCCGUCUUUCCAAAUAAUUGUAUUUCAAGGUAUUGCUGGAUCGUUUGGUGGGGCAGCCUUCUCAUUUGCCCCUAUGUGGUUAGAGCUUAUUGGCUUCUCCCACAAGACGGUGGCAUUGGUCUGGAUUCUUUUCAUUAUUGGUUUUUCACUCGGGGGUUUGUUUGGAGGAAGGAUGGGGGAUAUCCUUGCCCAACACUAUCCAAAUUCUGGGAGAAUAAUUCUUUCACAGAUAAGCUCUGGUUCAGCCAUCCCUUUAUCUGCAAUACUGCUGCUAGGUUUGCCUGACGAUGCUUCCACAGCCUUCAUGCAUGGUUUGGUGUUGUUCGCCAUGGGAUUAAGCAUAUCCUGGAAUGCUCCAGCUACAAACAAUCCAAUAUUUGCAGAGAUAGUUCCUGAGAGAUCUCGAACAACCAUCUAUGCUUUGGAUCAAUCUUUUGAGUCCAUACUAUCUUCAUUUGCUCCCCCUUUAGUUGGGAUUCUGGCUCAGCAUGUUUUUGGUUACAAACCAAUUCGAAAAGGCUCAACAGACUCGGAAGAAAUUGAAACAGAUAGAGAAAAUGCUGCACCACUUGCCAAGGCACUUUAUGCAGCAAUUGGCGUUCCAUAUGUGAUAUGUUGCCUCAUCUAUUCCUUCCUCUACUGUAGUUAUCCAAGAGACAGAGAGCAGGCAAGAAUGCGUGCUUUAAUGGAGUCAGAGAUGCAACAGAUAAUGGUGAAUCCUCCUUCACGAGAAGAAGAAUACUCUCAACUUCAUGUUUUAGGAUCAGAUGAGCUACAGGAAAGAAUUGUGAUUGAAUUAGAUUAUGAAGGUGAGGAAAGCCUUGAUUUUGACGAGAAUGAGGAGAAGAGAUUUCUUUUCCAAUGAGCAGAUAUGGUAUGUGCUUACGAGAAGGCCUUUCCAAGUUCAUAUAAUCAAGGAUUGUUUACAUGUUGUUACCUUUUAUUUACUCACACGAUGAAUUUUUAGUUAAAUCCCAAUCUGACUAUAUGAAUUCUUUUUCAGGGUCCACCAAUUUUGUUAUUACUUUAGUUGUGUGAUAAAUGAUUAAAAUCAAGCUGUUCAGCACAUUGUGAAGUUGAAGAGUGUCCUAUGUUAUUGGUUAUGAAUCCAUGUUGAAUUAUUAAUAAAUAAAGUAAACUGCUCUAGUUUUGAUCGAGUAACAAGACUCGAACAUGGGCAUUUGUAUAAUAGU